CCCAGUUCAGAGCAAGCUGGAUUAAGUAAGAUAGAGAUCGUAAAUGAUGCUAAAGCAGCUGUAAUAGGAGCUGAUGUUGUGUGCUCAGAGUAUGGGCCAGUAUGGGGCAAAAGGAUGAAGCUGAAUACCGCCGUAAAGCAUUCCAAGGAUUCCAGGUGGAUGAAGCUCUUAUGAAGUUGGCUGGACCAAAAGCCUAUUUCAUGCAUUGUUUGCCUGCAGAGAAGGUGACUAAUGGAGUCGUGGGGGCUCCUUAUUCCAUUGUCUUCCCACAGGCUGAGAAUCGCAUGCAUGCUCAAAAUGCUAUAAUGCUUCAUUUGCUUGGCUUUUAAACACCUUUUGAAACCUUAAUGAAUAAUAAUGUUGUUGCCAUCAUCGUGCUAGUUUAGGUGUUUUAAGAAAUUUUCCUCUUGACCAUAAAAAAAAAAGAAAUUUUCCUCAAGCGAAGUGACUGAGAUACUCCUCAAUGCAUGUGUACAUGACAUCACGGUAAAGCACAGAGGCUUCAAGACCAAAGGAAGGCUCUAUAGUGAAAUUUGUCUGAUCUCCCUUCACAAACACUGAGUGGUUUAUCGACAGAAUAACGUUCAUGGGAACCGGAGACACUGCCAAAAAGAAAAAAAGAACAUAUAUUCUUAUUUAACGAAUUUAAAUAAUGAAAAAGGCGGUAAGUAAUACAAAAUGCUAAAAGCCUCAUGGUGCAUGAUACUUAUAAGCCUUGGGUGCUUUUGAGUUUUGAGCACUAGUUCUUCUGAGAUGUGAGUCUUCUCAAGCGACUUGCCGACCUUUUUCUCCCACAAAGCGACCAUUUCGUUCAUUGACAACGUGUUCUUGGGAGGUUUAUUGUAGAGGAUUUUGUUAACAGUCUUGGGAUCAUCCACUGUCUUGAUUGUGUAAGCAGCAAUAUCUUCCUCCUUGUUGAUCACAGCUGCCAAUAACAAUAAUUUUGAUUAUAAAAAUAAUUUUAUGUUAUACAUUAACUAAAUAAUAGUGUUUUUAUGUAUUUAAAAAUGUUUAUGAUUUUACAUAUUAAGCUAAUUAAAUAUAUUUAUUAAAUAUUUUAGUUAAUUUAGUAUUUUAGUAUUUGUUUUGCAAUUAAACAAAUUUCUGUUCAAUAUUUAUAAAAUAAAUAUAUUAAUUAAACUCCACAACAUCAUGUUUUCAAAUAUAAAACUCAAACUAAAUAUUUAAAAUCAUUUAAUCUGGAAGAAGUAUUAAAAUGGUGCGCAGUUCAACAUAAGAAAAGUACAAUUGAUUGGACAAAUUUUUAAGGUUUGACCACUGAUUACUGAAAAUGGAAAUAUUAUAAAUUUUAAGGUUCGAUAAUGUCGGAACUUGAAACCAACUUCGUGACGACCACUUCACUUGUGACGCCAUAGUUUCCUUUAAUUAUUUUCUAAUUAAAUCAGUCAAAAGCUUUUAUAAAUUAUUUAAUUCUCAUUUACACAUCUGCUUAAAACAUUCACCAAUAAAGAAUAUAUUCUCUUGAUUUGAUUUCGUGCGAAAUCUGAAGAUCGAUGGCGGAUCUUGAGAUCUGCGUGAAGGGUGCCGUUGGUGCUCCUGAUGUUCUCGGUGACUGCCCGUUCAGCCAACGGGUUCUUCUGACCCUCGAAGAGAAGAAACUUCCUUACAAGAUUCAUCUCGCUAACGUCUCCGACAAACCCCAAUGGUUUUUAGACAUUAACCCGGAAGGCAAAGUUCCGGUGAUGAAGCUUGACGGAAAAUGGGUGGCUGAUUCAGACGUCAUCGUCGGAAUCCUCGAGGAGAAAUAUCCAGAGCCUUCUCUCAAGACUCCUCCUGAGUUCGCCUCUGUUGGAUCCAAAAUCUUUGGUUCUUUUGUGACUUUCUUGACAAGCAAAGACCCCAGUGACGGUUCCGACAAGGCUUUGCUUAACGAGUUAGAAUCCCUGGAGAAUCACCUUAAGACAUGUCCUGGUCCUUUUGUAGCUGGAGAGAAACUCACUGCGGUUGAUCUGAGUUUAGCACCAAAGCUUUACCAUCUUGAGAUGGCUCUUGGUCACUACAAGAAAUGGUCUGUCCCUGAGAGCUUGACCAAUGUUCGUAGCUACGCUAACGCUUUGUUCUCUAGAGAGUCGUUCGAGAAAACCAAAGCUAAGAAGGAGUUUGUGGUCGCUGGUUGGGAAUCUAAGGUGAACAAGUGAUGUGCGGAUCUAUAUUAGCUGCUUCAAGUUAUGUUGCUUUAAAAUAAAUAAAUAAAAGUUAUGUUGCUUUAAAGUUUAAAAAAAUAAGGGUUUGUUGCUUUCAAGUACUAUCAGUAUCAGCGAAUACUCUUGUGUUAUCAAAUCAAAUCAAAUCAAUAAUGAUGCAAAAAAAAAACAAUCAUGUCCUUUA